CUUCCUCUUCUUGUGACAAACAUGGGUCGUAUGCACGCGCCAGGAAAGGGCUUGUCCCAGUCGGCUCUGCCCUAUAGACGCAGUGUGCCAACUUGGCUCAAGCUGACGUCUGAUGAUGUGAAAGAGCAGAUCUUCAAGCUGGCCAAGAAGGGUCUCACUCCCUCGCAGAUUGGUGUGAUCCUCAGGGACUCUCAUGGCGUGGCCCAGGUGCGUUUCGUUACUGGAAAUAAAAUCCUGAGGAUCCUCAAAUCCAAAGGACUGGCCCCUGACCUGCCAGAGGAUUUGUACCACCUCAUCAAGAAGGCCGUGGCUGUGAGGAAACAUCUGGAGAGAAACAGAAAGGACAAAGAUGCCAAAUUCCGCCUGAUUCUUGUUGAGAGCAGAAUCCACAGGCUUGCUCGUUACUACAAGACCAAGAGGGUACUCCCACCCAACUGGAAGUAUGAGUCCUCUACAGCCUCAGCUCUGGUGGCAUAAAGUUUAUCUUCUGGAUUUAUGUAAUACAUAAAAAAAAUCAUUUUACCUAAUCUCUACUGGCAACUCUUUGAAAUGUUUCUAUCAUUUAUAACCAUCAGAUCUGAAAACCUGAUUCAUGUGGUGAAUGUAUU